GAGAGAGAGAGAGAGAGAGAGAGAGAGGCAGGCAGUCCUUCAGCAGAGAAAGAGAGAGAGAGGUGUCCAGAAAGCUUUGGAGCAGUGGAAGAAGGAAGAAGACUGUAACUGCUGCCGGGUUUCCACUCUGCACAAAGACUCAAGAACAACAACAACAACGUGAAUACUUUUCCUUGAAAAAGUUGAGAGAAGCGGACAUGGACGGGACAAUGUUCGGACGCGUGUCGCUCAUGUGCACCUUGCUCUGGGCACUGCUGGUUUGCUGCGCAGCUCUGAAUGUGAAGGUUGCUCCUAAGGUGGAAGUGUUGAAAGGAGAAACUGCCAAACUGCCCUGCACGUUCACUGAAGCACCAUUAUCUGGCAACACUCUCAUCGAAUGGUACAUUGAGGAGCAGGGAACCAGGAAGCGCGUGGCGUUCCGCCCCCAGGGUGGCAGUGGAAAAAGUGACGAGGGAACCCCUCUGACCGGCCGCGUCACAAUCGGAGAGGACUUCACCUUGACCAUCUCCUCCUCUCAGCCCUCUGACGAGCUCGUCUUCUACUGCCAGGUCAACGCUGGCCCUGACGGGGUCGCAGAUGCCGCCACUAUGCUGAAAGUCUUCUUUGCUCCUGAGAAGCCAGUGCUCACAAGACCGUCGAGUCAGGCCAUUACUGUGGGAGAGACCACCAGCUCUGAGAUUGGUACAUGUGUGACAAUGAAUGGACAUCCCCAGCCAAGAAUUAUCUGGUUUAAAGAUGGCCAGCCCCUACCUGAAUACAAGGACAGGAAAGAGAAGACCUACAUGAUCCCCUCGGUGGUGAAGGAGGCCUCGGGUCUCUACACCAUGCAGAGCACCUUGUACAUGCAGCCCACCAAGGCCGACAAGGACUCAGUGUUCCAGUGCACCGUGGAGUACAGCAUGCCAGGGGACCAGAUCAAACAGAAGAAGUCCGACACCAUCACCAUCAACCUCAACUAUCCAUCAGAGAAAGCGACCUUUUCCCUUGUCAACACCGACGCAGUCAAAGAAGGCGACACUGUCACCAUGAAGUGUGAGACUGACGGAAACCCUCAGCCUGAGUUCGACUUCACUAAAAACGGGGAAGUCAUCACCGGUCAGGGCGGACUCCUGACGCUGAAAUCCGUCAAGCGCACAGACGGCGGUGUGUACAGGUGCUCGGCCUUGGAUUAUGACAACUUGGACGCUGACCUGAGCGGAACAAUCAACCUCAAUGUCCACUACAUUGACCCCGUGAACGUGACCCCUGUCGAGCCUCAAGUCGUCAUGCUCGGAGACAAGGUCGAAUGGCAGUGUAAGACCAAGGCGUCCGCUUCGCACACCGUUCAAUGGAAAAAGGGCUCUGAUGUGCUCUCUCAGGAUGGCACUCUGUCAAUACAAGAUGUUUCCUAUGAUAAAGCUGGAGAGUACAUGUGUGUUGGAGCUGUGCCCUCUGUGCCAGGACUGACAGCGGAGUAUAGUGUCAACCUCACUGUCAAAGGAAAGCCGAUGAUCGAGACUCCCGCUGCAGGAGAGGUGGCGAAGGAAGGAGACAUGGUGUCUCUGAAGUGCUCGGCCUACGGCUACCCCGCCCCUCAGUUCACCUGGAAGCCGUCAGGGAAAGAGUCUGUGUCAGUGGAAGGUAACAAGGUGGUGAGCACCGUGACCCUGCAAACCACAGCCGAGAUCAUGAAGGCCGGGGUGACCUGCGAGGUCACCAACAAGCACGGAACUGAUAGCAAGACCUUCCCAGUAUCUCUUAAACGAGCAAUUGACAACUCAGCCGACAGAGUGCUGCUUUCUGGAAACCCUGUGCUUACGUCAGCUGACAAGCAGCAGGGAGGCUCCAGCGGGGUGGUGAUAGCCGUGGUGGUGUGUGUUCUGCUGCUCCUGCUGCUGGUGGCGCUCAUCUACUUCCUGAACAAGAAGAGCAAGUUGCCCUGCAGCAAGAAGGAUAAGAAAGAAGUGGCCAGCGGAGAGGUGAACAACGACAUCGUAGUGGAGAUGAAGACGGACAAGGCCAAUGAAGAGGCCGGUCUCCUCAACAAGAGACCGUCCGCAGAACAGUGUUGAACCGAGUGGAGGAAAACAACCGACAGAGGGAUGAAGGGAAGGAGGACAAGUGUCAUGAAGACAACAGGGCUCAUUUUUUUAUUCACUAUACUGAGAGGAGGGGACACGAGGUGGUGCGUGGACGUGGGUGUGUUCUUGGGACAUCGGGAGGUUUAGCAUGUCUGGCAUCAGUCAUGCUUGUUUUAUAACCUGGGGUAGACCUGCUGGGUGGAGUAACAACCCCCAUUCCUUUUUUUUUUUUUUUUAAGAUUGACUUUCUUCUGCUCCACCCUUCUGAGCUACCACAGGUUAAAGACUGUGCAAAAAUCAUAAUGUGACUCAUAAUCACUGGAUGACAUAACUAUCAUAGCUUUUUUUCUUUUACUCCCUCAAUCACGUCUUUGACUCCCCUGCAGAGUAGAGCUGAACAGUCCAAACACGGUGGCACAAUUGUUCUUAUCUACCCCAAAUUAAACAGAAAAUGCCAUUAAGCCAUCGUGUGUGUGUUUUUAUCGGAAGUGUGUGUUUGCUAGUUUGCAACACAGAGCGUCUACUCUGCCUUGGAGUCUGCACUUAAAUGAUCUGCUCUCUGCUGGGUGUAUCGGGCAAAAUUAUCACGGGCUGUCACUCUGUUUUAACCACCUCAGUUAACAAGUGACGAUUUAUGCUCACGACAUUUAAUCCCUAAGCACACAGCUUGGCACACACACGCCUGUAGCCAUUACCGCUCAAAGAAGCUCCGCGUUUGCUUCAGUGUUGUUUGUUUAAUUGCAUUUUUGCCACCUGCAAAUGUUUAUGUAUAUUUUUUCCCCCAAUCUCCCUAAUUAUCUUCCACUAGAAGCAGCUCAGGCAUUUGAUAACGUCAAUCCUUGCUCUAGAAUUGCUUGUUUUUUCUAAAUCCAACUAAAAAGCCACUGAAAACAAGCAAGUUAUUAGGUUGUACAAAUUUGUUCUUCCCAUUUCCAGUGUGCUUGUACAUUAUGUUAGUGCACCAAUUGUUUGCUUGUUUUUUUACUUUGCUCUCCUGUUUUCUUUGUGGAUUCAAACACCGAGGUGUACUGUGCAUGAUGUGGAGCUCAAAAAGCAUCUGUAGUUAGUAAGCCGCCCGCAAUGGGAUCGUAAUUGCUGUCAUGUCUUCACAGUCACAGAUUCACCUGUUUGGAGAAAUCACCGGCAUACGUUCACUCUGGUUUGAUAUAAGCUGGGAGGGGAGGGAGCGGGGAGGUGAGGGAGGGAUGGGGUUUCAGCUAUUUGCUGGAAUAUGUGGUGUACCUUUUUAUUUUUUACCAAAUGAAAGAGUUUUUCAGUGUCACAGCAGGUGUUUCUGUGUUUAGGUUUGAAAUUCUGGCGUUUCUGUUCCUCCUCUACACUGUUCACAGGCCAGAAAGGUCUGAUAGCGGGUUGAUGUGCCCUUAUACUUUGUUGUACACUGGAACCAAUGGCCUUGAUUUUUUACUUUAAAAAAAAAAAAGGUCACCUCAAACCACUAUCUGUGCCCACAAGGCCUUUUUUUAAUGAAUGUCUGUCUACUGAUCUUGCCAUAUUGACUAAUAGCAAACCUGUGAUGGCAGACGAGAUAGAUACGUGAGCGUACAGCAUCCUUUUUUUGAUUUUAAUGUUUUAUAUAAAAAUAAUAUUGUGGUAUGCAAGCUGGUUUUUUUUUUAGGGGAUUGUUCAUUUUGCAACUACUGAGCUUUCAUUUUCCCACGAUUUCCCGCUCACUGAGAGAAGAGACAUGUUUUUUUUGUUUGUUUUUUCAAUAUUUAGGAUUCUUUAUGAGAUAUUCUCAGUGCUUUACUUCUCUCGCUGUACUGUAUACUGUAUAUUUUGUGGUACACUGUUGUGACCUCUGUGGUGUGUUGAUGUAUCUUUUUGUUUUAUUCCAGCUGUGUAGAAUUUAUAAUGAAAAAAAAAACUCAAAGAAAACCAA